AAGAUAAUUGGCAGGAGUAUGGGCGCUGUAGCGCUCGGUGUUCUCGUCGGAUAUCCGUUCGGUGGGAUAGUUUAUGACCUGUGGGGGAAGGAUGCUGUAUUCAUCGCUAUCCUCGUCAUGAUCAUGCCGGUCGUGGUCGUCGUCAUGAUAUCCGCCUACAACGAUCACGAGGAUUACGAGAAACUCGAGGAAUCGGAUCACGGCGCCAGUGUUAGAGGAAUCACGGAAAUGCUGACGGAACCCGUCGUCAUAAUCGCAACCGGCGCUACGCUCCUCUCAUCAGCCUCGAUCGCGAUUCUAGAGCCCACGCUUCCAAUCUGGCUGAUCGACACAUUCAAUCCGCCGCGUUGGCAAAUCGGGACGGUGUUCCUACCCGAUAGCAUAGGAUACUUCGUUGGAACUCAUUUCUUCACCCAUGUCACACGUCAUUUAUCCAGGUGA